AUGCCGCAGAACGAGUAUAUGGAAGAGCACCGUAAGCGACAUGGUCGUCGUAUGGAUCACGAGGAGCGCCAGCGUAAGAGGACUGCCCGUGAGGCACACAAGAACUCUCAGGAUGCUCAAAAGAUCUUUGGUCACCGAGCCAAGCUUCUCCACGCCCGCCGACAUUCCGAGAAGGUGCAGAUGAAGAAGACUUUGAAGGCGCACGACGAGAGGAAUGUAAAGCAAAAGGACGAUGGGGCUGUCAAGGAGGGCGCUUUGCCUGCAUUCUUGUUGGAUAGGGAUGGACAAAAGGACGCCAAAGCUCUUUCUUCAGCAGUCAAGGACCGCAGAAAGGACCGUGCCGCCAAGUACAGCGUGCCUCUUCCCAAGGUCAGGGGUAUUGCCGAAGAGGAGAUGUUCAAGGUCAUCAAGACUGGAAAGAGCAAGAGCAAGAGCUGGAAGAGAAUGGUCAACAAGGCUACUUUCGUUGGUGAGGGCUUUACGAGAAAGCCCGUAAAGCUGGAGAGGUUCAUCAGGCCCACUGGUCUUCGAAUGACCAAAGCCAACGUUACUCACCCCGAGCUCAAAACCACUUUCCAACUCCCCAUCCUUGGUGUCAAGAAGAACCCCCAAUCUCCUCUCUACACAUCGCUCGGUGUACUCACCAAGGGUACCAUCGUCGAGGUCAAUGUCAGUGAAUUGGGUAUGGUGACAACUGGUGGUAAGGUGGUCUGGUCAAAGUAUGCGCAGAUCACAAACAACCCCGAGAACGAUGGCUGCAUCAACUCAGUUCUCUUAGUGUAA